CGUACAAUUCGUGUAGAAAAAAAAACCCUGACUCAGUAGUGUGGACAUUGUCACUCACUCCCACGGAAAGUUCCGGGAGCUGCUGCGAGCGAAGUGAUCGCGAAUCUGCGAAUAAUAAUAACAAUAAACAAGUGCACUCGACGCACACUGCCCCGCGUAGGUUGUGCUCCGUAGCUUGAAAAUCUGGAAGAAAGAAGAGAGUGCUUAUUAACUGCCCUUACCUACUACAACUACAACUACUAUGAUUAUCGCUGCGCCCCGAUAGAUUCCCAUUCCCAGUAGUUUUGGUGGUGAAGUGAGGCGAAAAAGAAAUAUACAACAAUGGCGUAAUUAUAGGGUUAAUUGUGUUCCGCAAUUGUCACGUCUGACGGUGAACUGACAGCGAUCGAGAGAGGGAGAACGAAUCAACCGCUGCUGAUUGUGUGUGAAAUAUUCCGGUCAACGAGGAUGUAGAGACUAUUCAACCCGAACCGAACAGAAAGGCAUGCGGACCAGGUUAUAAGAAGAAUUCUGAAUUUACAUCUGGAAGAUUCGACAAGCCGAACUAAGUGGAAUUGAACGAAAAAAAUGUCGCAGCCUUACAUCACCGGUCGCAAUCGAAAGAGAAGAAAUUGUCAUUCGACGGUUGCCAAAUUCAAUUUCUACGUCAUUACAUAAGCGCCGAGUCGUGUCCGUUGAAGUGGGCUGCGGCCAAGUUUUGGCCGAAAAAAAUAAAUACACAAAACCGAAUGAACGUGUGGUGUAACGCUAGGGGAAAUACAUAAAAUAAAACGAAGAAUAUCUGAGAUCUGCAGGCGAAGGUGGAGUGAACCGAGUUGCCGCCAGUGUGAAGAAACGAAGUCUCAUUUUUGCAUUAAUAUUGAGUCAACCAAGGUGCGGUUUUCUUCGGUGGAACGUAGGAAGAAGAAAACAAGAUUUCAUAACUUACGAAUCAUCUCGGACCGCGAAGUCGCAAAGGAAGACGGAAAGAAAGAAGAAAAGUUUAAUUGUGUAAGGGUCCAACCGAAGUGGACAACGUGCGUAGUGCAUUAAAAUUCAUAACUUCCGAAAAAAGAAGAGUUGUGAAUGUGAAAAGUGAAUUUGACGCGAACGCAAGAAAGACCACCGCUUGACCAUAUGAUCUCAGCGAGCUUGUGGAUGUAUGCGUGUUGCAGAAAUAACCAACGUGUCGAAAAUUCACCACGGGUCGUUUGUGGUGAAUAAAUCACGGAGCUGUAAAGCAGCGUGAAAAAAUGACGUCAUCGGUGGGCAGCCGUGCUAUAGCAGUACCAUGCAAACACCAAUGGCUCCCAUGGAUGCUGUGGAUCGGGAUCGUCUUAUCACCAAUAGCAGACUCACAGGACCUAAACACCCCUCCCGUGAUCUUGGUUGACCGAAACUGGCGGUUACGGGAAAACACCACAGUCAACACCCUCAUCACCCAGGUCCGGGCAGAGGACAACGACAACGACGAGCUAGAGUUUGGUCUGGACCCGCUGGGACCCGGACAGCUCCAGCCAUUCGUCAUCGACUCAAACACUGGAUACGUGUAUCUGAACGAGAGCAUCGAGGGGAAGGGCGGUCAAAACUUCUUCGUCUACGUAACGGUCACGGAUGGUCGGGUAACGUCCAAGAACGAGGUUUACGUCAACAUUCUAAGUCAAAAUGCUUCCGGUCUCUACAAGACCCGUGGACCGCAGUUCACUCCCAACAUCAACAAUAUUCGGAAGAUCCUACCGCCUGGAUUCAACUUGCCUCCUGGGUUCAGUUCCAUCCCGCAAGCACCACCCCCUCCGCCACCGAUUCCACCUAGACCAACACAGCCGUUGGUCGUCAGUCAGCCUCCUCCGAACGAGCCUUCCGCAACCAAACAAACCAAAACCUAUCCGGAUCGACCGGAAUCCAACACCGAAUCGCCAGAGCAGUCCGCUACCAGCAACGGUACCAUCACCAAACUCACACCGGUGUCGACGCCAAUUCCGGUGACAUCGGAGUCAACUCCCACGACUGCUUUCACCGAAACGACUCCGGUUCGGACGAAACCUGGUGGAACUGGGGAACCACACCCGCUGGCUGCCUUCGUGCCGGUCAUCAUCUCGGUAGCGGUAAUCUUCCUUACUGCCGGUCUCAUAGCGGUCUGUAUCUUCCGCAAAUACCUGUGCGCCAUCAGCAAGACGCUCAAGAAGAAGAACAAAAUCGACAAAGCCAAAAAGUCAAACCAAAGCAAUCUCAGUAGCAAUAUCGCGUCGAGCACCACGGCCGAAGACAGUAGGAACUCGAUCGGUAUGAACCACUGGAGUGGGCCGAUGGCAUUUAGCAAUCGAUACACGUCCCCGUGGGAUCGGGACCAAAAUGGACAUAUACAGGUGACAUCCCAACUAUCGACGGGUAGUUCCAACACUUCGGGAAUGAACGGUGGUCCAAAGGACCGUUGGGAAUUCCCACGGCACCGGCUAAAAGUGUUCAACAUUCUCGGGGAGGGUGCUUUCGGUCAGGUUUGGCGCUGCGAGGCCACUGACAUCGACGGUAAGGAUGGCGUGUCGAUAACCGCCGUCAAGACGCUGAAGGAAAACGCCAGCGAUGCAGAACGAAAUGACCUGCUGUCGGAGCUUCAGGUACUGAAGUCUCUCGAACCGCAUAUCAACGUGGUCCGGCUGCUCGGGUGCUGCACCGAGAAGGAUCCCAUCUUCGUGAUACUCGAGUACGUCAACAUGGGCAAGCUGCAGACGUUCCUGAGGAACUCCCGGGUGGAGAAACACUAUGGAAACACUCAUGGGAAGUCGAAAAUCCUAACGUCCGGGGAUUUAACGUCCUUCAUGUACCAAGUUGCGAGGGGAAUGGACUUCCUAACGUCACGAGGGAUCAUCCACCGCGACCUGGCAGCGCGUAAUAUUCUCAUCACGGACGAUCACACCUGCAAGGUGGCAGACUUUGGCUUCGCCCGUGACAUCGUCACCUCCAAGGUGUACGAGAGAAAGAGCGAAGGUCGACUGCCGAUUCGGUGGAUGGCUACCGAGUCCCUGUACGACAACAUAUUCACCGUUAAGUCCGACAUCUGGAGCUUCGGGAUCCUGAUGUGGGAGAUAGUGACGCUCGGUUCGACGCCCUAUCCGGGCAUAGCGGCGGCCGACGUGAUGCGGAAGGUACGUGAUGGCUAUCGGUUGGAGAAACCGGAACACUGCCGACGAGAACUGUACAACAUUAUGUUCUACUGCUGGGCCAAGGAUCCGAACGAGAGACCUGAUUUUCCCGAGGUGGUAACCAUGCUCGAUCGACUGCUCCAAACCGAGACCGACUACAUCGAGCUGGAACGGUUCCCCGAUCAUAAUUACUACAAUAUGCUCAACAUGAGCGGGGAAAAGCUGUAGAUCUCGAAGGACGUAAGCGAGAUUAUCCGAAACAGAAGGAGUACUGUGUAAAAAGUCUAAAAAUUGUGAUAAGUUUCUUUUGUAUUUAGUGAGGUAUUUAUGAGAACCUGAUGAGUAGUCGUGACUACUGCAAAAAGUGUGUAUUCUAACUGUAAAUACGUAUGUUAAUAAAGCUUUCGAACAAAUUGUCUUAAUAAA